AUGGCCUCCCUCCGCGAUUUUAACCCUCUUGCUGACCAUUGGUUUUGCUCUAAGCCUCAUCUCAUCCUGCUUCAUGCUCCUACAGACUUGCCCAGCAAGACAGAUGGUGCCCUCUCCACCAGUCUGCUACCAAUUAACGACAUUGCAAGACCGACUUCUGACUGCUUGGCUUUCUCGAGUCCCUCGAUUCCCUCUACUUCGACUCCUGCCUCCUCAUUUCUCCCACCUCAAAACACGCUACCGACAAAUAUAACCUCUACACUUGACGACUCGGUCACUAAACCUUUCCAAACCACCAAUAGUCCCAUUAGCAUUUCAGCUACCGCCAGCUUUAUAGCCACCUAUCCUGGCGUCUUUCCUCAUAUCAACUCUCCUCACCUUUCUAUUCGACCCACACAUGACUCACCUCCGCCACCGAAUAAUGUCCUACUUCCCAUAUCUAAUAAUCCUGAGAGUCAUAAUCCUGACUGCCGAGUAAGUCGAAGGCAGCGUUCCUCGAGGAGGACUGUGGAUGCUGCGGGUGGCCCGGGAGCUGGCAUUCCGCCCCUUAGCAGUGGUAAUGUUUCUGCAGGCAUCGACGGUAUUAGUCAUGCUGGAGAUGGAGGCAAUCAGGUCAGUAGAGCAAGGCCUUCGAGGGAACGAUGCUCUGGUGAAACGGGGAGUGAGUUGCGGUUUCAUCAGCGCCGACACCGACGCAAUCGAAUUGAGUUGAUGGUUGAUGGGAGCAACGAAAAUCAACCGCCAGUUGGCUUUCGGCUUGGAGAUAAUCAAUUCGGUGUAUUACCCCCUGGCAAGGAGGACAUCGAGAACCAAUCACCUGGCAAAGUAUAUAACUGA